GUGUGUGCAUCGUGGAAGAAUUUAGUACUUAUACAUAAUAUAUCUCUGGCUGCUCGAUUAUGAAUCCUGAUAUUCAGGGAAAGAUAUUAAAAUUUGAAACAUUUAUCAAUGAAGUAUUAAAGGAGGAUCUUGCAAAGUUUCAAAAGAAACUCGAUGAUAAAAAUGAAGAUUUUGCUGAAUUCCUUCAGUUAAAGACUAUGAUAUCGACUAUUCAAAAUAAUCAGUUUAAUAAGGACGGCUUUAAAACUCAAGUAGAUAUUGGACAAAAUUUCUUUAUUGAAGCACACAUUCCCGAUGCUUCCACAAUUCUGUUGGAUAUUGGUUUAGGACAUUAUUUGGAAUUUUCGCUGAAUGAUGCUCUAGCUCUUAUCAAUCUUCGAAUGAAACUACUGGAACAACAGAUUACGCAUAUUCGUAAACAGGUAGCAAAGACAAAUGCUCACAUUAAACUGAUUCUCCUAGGGAUUAGAGAAUUGCAAGGUAUAAAGGACUGAAUAUGAAGUAUAUUUUGCUCUGUAUAAUUUAUCAAUAUUUCAUGUGUACAUAUUUCUAUA